UUCCAAUCGAAGUUUUGACUGAUAAUAAAAUUUGACCUCUACUGCAAAUUUUGGACCUCGUUUGGUGAAGAAUAACUUGCUCCACCUGAAAUCGAUUCUCCUCUUAAUUUGAAGCUUUGAAGAGCCAUGGACAAGAUUGAUCAGAAAGGAAUGAGAAGGAGGGGUGUCCUCUACACUUGAAGUUAUUACACCUCUGAGCAUCAUGGAAUCAAGAAAAUCUGUUAAAAACCUUGCUCAGUCUAUCCAUUCUCUCCUAGGAUUUAAGACUCGUCUAACUUCUACCUGGGCAGAUUCAGUUUGUAAAAUAAUCAAGAACUUAUCAUCUCAAGAUUCAACAGAUGGUUCUCGGAUAAAAUUUCAAAACUGCAAUUCAGACAAUUCAGAGGCUUCCAAUGAAAACGAAGAUGCUGAUAAUGGUGCUGCUGUUUCAAAAAUAUAUGAUGAUCUUGCUGCCUUGACUGCCCAUCUAAAUGAACUGAACUUAAAGAAGAGACAGGCCUUGAAUGACUUUUUGGAUUUGAAGGGGAAUAUCCGUGUGUUUUGUCGCAUAAGACCCAUCCUCGAUGAGGAGAAAUUUAGCCAUCUGGCACCUGUCGUAGCUUCGGAUUCCAAUAAUGUGGUUUUAAAACUUGCCAAGAAUAAGUCAAAACAUUACACUUUCGACAAGGUUUUCCACCAGGGUUCAUCACAAGAUGAAGUCUUUUCAGAAAUUGCGCCAGUGAUAAAAUCUGUGAUGGAUGGCUACAAUGUAUGCAUUUUUGCAUAUGGGCAGACGGGAACUGGAAAGACUUUCACCAUGGAAGGUAAACCCGAUUGUCCGGGGAUUGUGCCUCAUGCAAUCAAUGAACUUUUCAAGCAAGCAGUUGAUAGCAACCAUUCUUUUCUCUUCACUUUCAGUAUGCUUGAGAUUUACAUGGGCAAUCUCAGAGACUUGCUUGUCCCCCAAAUGACAAAACCAACAGAUCGUUUUACAAAAUGCCUUUCAAUUAUAAAUGAUCCCAAGGGAGGCAUUGAGAUUGACAACCUUGUGGCCAUUGGAGUGAAUGACUUCAACCAAGCUAUGAAUCUGUAUAGAUUGGGUAGGCAAUCCAGGUCAACUGCUUCUACAAAUGCCAACAUCAAUUCAAGCAGAUCUCACUGCUUGAUCCGCAUAUCCUUGACUAGCUUUAAUGCUCCAUCAAGGCGAAAGGAAACAAAUAAAAUGUGGAUGAUUGAUUUGGGUGGAAGUGAACGGCUGUUGAAGACAAAGGCAUGGGGAAGAAGACUGGAGGAAGGAAAAGCCAUCAACCUAUCACUCUCUGCCCUUGGUGAUGUCAUCAGUGCACUCCAGAAAGGGAAACCUCAUGUACCAUACAGGAAUAGCAAGCUGACUCAAGUUCUUAGGGAUUCUCUAGGUGAGGAUUCAAAAACACUAAUGCUUGUUCAUAUUAGUCCCAAAGAAGAAGAUUUGUGCGAGUCUGUAUGCUCCUUGGGUUUUGCAACACGGGUGAGAAGUAUUCACCUAGGGAAUGAGGCAUCAGUGGAAGUACAGGCAAAGAAGGAAAUUGCAAUGUCCAAGCUGUUACAGAAGGUGAAAGAGCUUGAAUCUGAGGGUCAUGAAGUUAGAAGAGAUAUCAAAAAGCUAUAUAAGAAGUUAGAACAUUUAACCAGAGGUGUAUCACCAUAUGAUACACAUUUGGAGGCUCUGUGUCUAUCUAAUGAAGUGCUGCAGUCUAACAUAGAGAUGGAGAAGCAUAGUGGUGCAGAUGUUAAAGCAAGUCCCUCAUCAAAACUGCCAAGUUUUAUGAGGCCAACCAUUUGCAGUACAAGCAGAUAUGGCAAAGAUCGCCAAAUUCCAGAGUAUUCCCAGAAAAGAAUUCCCCUUCCUGGACGAAGGAGAAGAUGUACCAAGAAUCGUCCUUUACCCCGAAACGGUAUUUCAGAAUAUGGCUCUGAAUGCAGUACCUCCAGGACUAGCAACUUGAUGAGCCUCAACAUGAAACAUAGCACAGAUUAUGAAACAGAAUACAGUCAGGAUGCUUCUGAAUGUGAUAUUAAAAUGGUUGUUUUCCCAGAGCAGGAAAAUUUUCCAAAGAGUCUGGGUUAUCAAGCAGCUCAUCUAAUUUAUAGAAAUACAAGUGAAUAUGCAAAUAGUAAAGCAAGUGAAAUUGAUUCUUCAAAAUGCUUAACAAUUGACAAUCGGCUUCAUCCACAGAAGAAGGAACUGAAUACUGGUACUUCCACUCAUCGGACUAAAUGGGUGCCUUCUAUCCCUGUCCUGGAGAAGACAUAUAAGAAGUCAAAUAAAUUACAGCGUGAGAAAGUACAUGGUCAUAAAAUUACAAACAAAAAUGUUCCUGUCCAUGGUAAUGUCAACAGCUUGGAUGAGAUAGGGGCAACUGGACAGCCCUCAGUGGAGGUGGUUAUUUGUGAAACACACAAAAAAUUGGAUGAACUUGUAACUGAAGAAUCUGGUUAUAAUUCCAUUCCUCAUUCUCAUACAGCUGAUACUGAGGUAGUGAAAGGAGAAUGGGGAUUUUCAAGUGGUUUCAUUAUAAGAAACUAUGGAUGCUAUGCUGUUUCUCCUCCUGAUGUGCAGUAUAAUUGCUUCAACCAGUACAAUGAUUACAGUGGGGUAACCGAAUCAGCUUCUAAGCAGAUAGAUACAGGUGGCGUACACAAUUUGCCAGAGGAUUUCAUGUUCCAAGACAGUAGGUGCGAUCUCCUCUCUUCAUCUGAUAUGGGGAUUAAGAAUAUACUAAAUUUGAAAGAACAGUCCAAUGAAUUAGAAAGUCAAGGGGUGCUCACUGAAAGCUCCUUUGAGUCUUUGGUUGAUCCUACAGAAAUGAUUAAUCAGAAAGUCCGAACAGUAGUUACACCGAAUGGAAAGAAUAGUGACGGAUAUUGUGAGAAGGAAGAUUUUUCUGCUUCUCUUCAAUACACUGAGGGUGUCACGAGACCUUGGUUGCAUACAAUGAGAUGUCAAAGAGCUUUACUUGCAGAGCUAAAUGAUGCCUCUCAAGAGGAUCUUACUAUGCCCUUGAUCCAAAUCCCUGAAAGAAUACAUGAUACAGGGAUGAGUGAUUUGCUUGGACAGAAAACUCAGACUUUAAUUUCCAGUGCUCUUCUAGGAUUUGGAGUUCAAAGCUUAGGCUUGGAACAUGACUUCUUCUAUGGAUUGAUGCUUUAAAGAUCUUUCAUGGGAUACAACAUGAAAUCAGAUCAUUGUGCUUGUUAUUGGUGCCUUUCAGGUUUCAGUUGUGUGUGUGUAAUGUUUGACCACCUCAAUUCAGCGGAGUAUAUAUGAAACAAUUCAGAGUCCA